AAUUAUUUCCCUCGUCUCCCACUAUCUCCUCCCUCUUGUCUUCUUCUUUCCGCUCUCUCUCCCUCUCACGAUUAUUACAUCGUCAGUUUCACAUCACUCGAAUCGGCUCUGGCGGACUCUUGCCGUGCUUCAUUUCUAUGCGAGUUAUUGAUGGUGAUGGAAACUCCUGCCUUGGUCAUCGUCAAUGACUUUGGAGAAGCUGGUUCAUCCAGGUACUACAAGCUGAUGCAAGUACCCGAAACCGUGGAAGGGUAAAACCUCGGGACGGGUAAACCCCUUCACAAUCUCGCACUAUGUGUGAAUAAAUAUAAUCACGCGUUUGUGAAAGUCGCGUGAAGACCUUGGAGCAGGUGACAUGGAAAUGACAUGUAUGUUUCAAUUCGAAUCAUGAAUCUGAUGGCAUCGGCGCCUUGACUAUUCCGUAAGAGAAGCCAAAAUUAUCAAAAUAGACCUGUAGAGCACGUGCUAUGUGCUCUUGCAUUUCCAGGGACAGGUGAGUUUCCCAAUAGCUAGCUUGCCUGAGAUUUUGCAGUCACGGGAAACUAUCUCGAGACCAAUGAUGCAAGUCAUAAUCGAUGUUUUACAGUAAUAUCCUACUCGUCUAGGUUCUUUCAGCUUCAUUUUCUGAACUGGUACGACUGUGGUGCUUCACUUUCUCUGCAACUGGUUGCGCAAUGGAGACCCCUGCAUCUAUAAGUGGCAUUGGAGCAGCUGGUUCUUCCCGGAACCAGACACCGAUGCAAAUACCUGAAGCAGUACAAGGGUGUGGCUAUGAAGUGUUCUUGAGUUUCAGGGGGCCUGAUACGCGCAUAGGAAUUGCGGAUUAUCUUUACUGCAGUCUCAAAGAAGCAGGAAUCCGUACAUUCCGUGACAAGGAAGAGCUUCGCAUUGGUGAAGAAAUUGCCCCGGAGAUUCUUGGGGCGAUUGAGCAAUCGAAAAUCUCCAUACCUAUCUUUUCUAAAGGUUAUACUUCUAGCACAUGGUGCCUCAACGAGCUAGCUCAUAUGGUGAAAUGCAGAAAACGGAAGGAACAGAUAAUCAUGCCUAUUUUCUAUUAUGUUGAACCAUCCGAGGUUCGAAACCAACAGGAAGGCUACGGCAAGGCCUUGCUGGAGCACGAGAACAAGAGGCGAUUAAAAGAUGAUACGACGAUUCGGAAGUGGAGAGAAGCUCUCAAAGAGGUUGGAGGGUUAAAGGGGUGGGACAUAACAAAGGAGGCUAACAGGCAUGAAGGAGAGUUAGUUAAACAGGUUGUUACCAAGGUUUUAACUGAGCUGAAGAAGGCUUAUUUGGUGGUUAGUGACUUCUUGGUUGGAGUUGACCAUAGUGUUAAAGAAAUUAUGGGGAAGAUAGGCACCAACACCGAUGAUGUAAAGAUCAUGGGACUGUACGGAAUGGGUGGCAUUGGAAAGACGACUCUUGCCAAAGUAGUCUACAAUCUGCUUUCUCGAGACUUUGCUAACUGUUGUUUCAUUCCCAAUGUUAGACAAACUUUAAACUCAAAAGGAAUUGAGUAUUUGCAGAAUCGACUAAUUUCAGAUCUCUCAAAACAGAAACAUACAGGUAUUGAUUACAUGGAUCAGGGAAUGUUGAAGAUUGAAGACAUAAUGCCUGAUAAGAAAGUUCUUAUUCUUCUUGAUGAUGUCAAUCACAAGAGUCAACUAAAGGCUCUUUUGGGAAGGCAUGGUCGCUUUGGUCCUGGAAGCCGAAUACUUAUAACCACAAGAGACGCAAGUGUUCUUGAAGCAAGUGUUCUUGAAGCAGUCGAUGUAAAAUUGACUUAUCCGGUUGAUAUAUUGGAUUCCCAUAGAUCCCUUCAGCUAUUUAGCAAGCAUGCUUUCAGAAGUGAUCACCCUCCAAGUGAAAAAUUAGAACAAUCCAGAGAAAUUGUGAGGAUGGCCCAAGGUCUUCCGUUGCUUCUUGAGGUUAUGGGUUCAGCUUUAUCAUCAUGUGGACCAAGAAAAGAAAUGUGGGACGAAUACCUGGAGAAGUGGAAAAAGGGUCCUGUUGAGCAAAUUCGAAUUACGUUGAUGGUAAGUUAUGAAGCAUUAGAUCCCUAUCAAAGGCAAAUAUUUCUUGACAUAGCUUGUCUUUUGGCUGGAUAUGAUAAGGAUAUGGUGAUACAUAUGUGGAAAGAUUGUGGUCUAUGCCCAAUAGAAGGUCUUGAAGUUCUUCAGCUUAUGUCAUUGAUUAAAAUUGGAGAAGAUAAUAAGUUGUGGAUGCAUGAUCAAUUCAAAGAUCUUGGUAGAGAAAUUGUUUCUCAAGAAAGUGGUGGGCAAUUAGAGAAGCAAAGUAGACUCUGGAAUCACAAAGAUGCAUUGAACGUGCUACAGAGAAGGAAGAGAAAUGAAAAGCUCCUAGCCCUCUGCCUGAAGUUUGAGGUUUGGUCAGAGUAUUGUUUUAGUCUUGAAGCAUUUGCAGCUCUUCCAAAUCUAAGGUUCCUUCAUGUGGACAGCCAAUCCCUCGCUUAUCGUAUAGUUGACUAUCUUUUCUCCCAAGCUACACUUCUUUGGCAAAACAAGUCCUUGAUCACGUUGCUGACAAACUUUUUACUGAGCAAGGACCAACUCCUUCCAAAUAUAAGAUGGCUCUCUUGGCAUAAUUUUCCUCCGCUAAUAAUGAAGAUAAGCAGUUUUUCAUUGAGUAAUUUAGUCAUUCUUGAUUUUUCAAGAAGUAAAAUUACUCACCAUUGGGAUGGAUGGAGGCAUGUCAAGAAAGCAGAGAAAUUAAAAGUUCUUGACCUGUCUAGAUGUAUGCACUUGACGAGGACUCCCGAUUUCUCUGGAUUCCUGAAGUUGGAGAGAUUGAUUCUGGAAAAGUGUGAAGGAUUAGCUGAAAUAGACUCGUCAAUUGGUCAACUAAAGUGCUUGGUUUUCUUGAACUUGAACUUCUGUGGGAAUCUUCGCUAUUUGCCACAAGAGUUGGGUGGGUUGCCAGCUCUCACAGAACUUCUCCUUGAUAAAACUUCUAUACGACACAUUCCUGAUUGGUGGGGUAACGAGAAUUUGGAGAAUCCUCAUGUUCAGAUUUCACCAUCAGCAAAAGCUGGAGCUUUAGUCAAUUGUCUAACUUCUCUGUUGACACUUUCAUUGGCCGAGACACCGAUUACUUACCUACCCAGUUCCAUUGGAGCACUGACAAACCUCAAAAGGUUAUAUCUGAAUCAAUGUUUCCAAUUGAACAGACUUCCAGACUCCAUUAAGGCAUUACGAUCAUUGACUGAGUUGGAUCUAACCUCUACAGCACUCGUUGAGUUACCUGACUCUAUGGAAAGUCUGGAGAAUCUAAAUGCAUUGAAGUUAAGCUUGUCUGAAAUGUUUGAAUCAGCCCUGCCAAAACUUCCAGAAAGCUUGACUUCUUUGGCCAUCAUAUCUGAUAAACCAAUAGCAAUUCCUGAUUAUUCCAACUUGAUCAAUCUAAAACUACUGUUAUUAAUCACCAAUAGCCCUCAUUUCUCUACCCCAUCUGAACUGGUGCAAGAUCCCAUGCCUUGGUGGAUUGGGACAUUAUCCAAAUUGGAAGUCUUGACAUUGGGUCACCCACGCCUUACUGACUUAUCUCCCGAGUUGGGCGCACUUUCUCACUUGAAGACUCUUCAGCUUUUCAAUUGCCGUGCUUUGGAAUAUAGUCCGCAUAUUCCCUCGAGUGUCACGAAGCUUCAUAUUGGAAAUUGCUUUGCUCUGACCACACUUGAUAUCUCCAAUUUGAAGAACCUAUCAGAACUAUAUGUCAUCGGUUCAUCGAUAUAUUUUCUUCGUGGGCGUCAACUUUUAGACAGUUUGUUAGAAUGGAUGAUAACAGACGCUCCUGGGCCCAAUUUGGAAAACGAAAUUGAAGACAUGAUGUCGGAACAGCACGGACUCACAGAAGCUAUCUAUGAGGGCUUUACCCAAUAUGUAGUACGUUACAGUUAUUAAUUUUUACGUAUUGAAAGCACUUCAAACCACUCCAA